UCCAUUUCUCUAUCUCUCUCGUUCUUGCUCUCACGUGCUCGCUUCCUCGCCAUGGCCUCGAUCUUCAUGGGACGGCGAUCGAAGGAGUCGGAGGAGGAGCGCGGGGCGGGUGGGAAGAUGCUCAGAGGCCGGAGCAGGGCAGGGGAGGUGGCUGUGUCGCCCUAUGCUCGCCCGCAGAGAUCCACGGCGCAGUCGGAGAGCCCUAAAUGGAUCUCGAGUCUCAUCUCUGGUGCUGGAAAGAUAAUUUCGUCUGUUUUUGGCUCCCAGUCCAGCUCCCCUUCUUCUUCUUCUUCGGAUUGCUCCGGUAAAGAUGAUGCUUCUGAUGUUUCUUCUAAAGAGCUUGUUGAUCAAAAUCAGAAUGGGCAAAAUUCAGAGGCUUUAAUUAACCAUGGAAAGGAGUCCCUGGCAAUUGUGGCAAAAAGUGAAACAAAGCUUGCUAUUGAGCAGUUGCUCACAGAAGAGACCUUCUCAAGGGAUGAAAGUGAUAGACUGAUGAAGAUAAUUCAGUCGCGUGUCGUGGAAACUCCGUCUAAUAAAGUUGGUCUGUAUGGGGAAGAUGUGAAUCUUCAUAACAAGAAUUGUGGUGGUGAUAUAGCUUUUCAAGGAACUUGCUCGUCCUUCGAUCGCAAAGCAAAAUCACAAGAAACCAUCCCGCAUGGUGCUAUAAAUCUAGAUGCAUUGUCUCCUGGGUAUUCUUCUCUUCAGACACACACACCUUACCUCCGUACUACAGCUGUAAUGGAGGCAAAGAAAUGGUUCAAGGAGAGGAAGUUGGGGUCAAGUUCAAAGUUUGAUCUGGACUGUGGGCCUUGCGCUUUCAACACUGAUAUGCUUCAAUAUGAUAUUGCGAGUGAAGUAGGUUCUCCUGUAGAUGUGGCAAAAACAUACAUGCGAUGUUUGCCCCCAUGGCAAUCUUCACCCUUGAGUGAUAUUGGCUUCAAAACCCCACCUUCAAGUGGGGGGCAUCUUGUCAAAGAUGAAACUUGCCAUGCAACUUAUAACCAGUCUUUCCCAUCAUUGAAGGGCCUGAAAAGGAAUUAUGUUGCCCUUGGAUCAUAUGAUGCAAAUGUUGAAAAUCGGAAUGUCCGCUUGAAGUCAACAGAUGAUGCUUUUCGCAUUCCCAAAUCCAGACAAGGCUCUUUUGAACGAUUCUUGGAACAUGGUAAUUCUAGAAUUUCAUUGGCAGCUGAUAAAACAGGGUUAUAUCUUGAGGAUCAUUCAGAUGAUCACCAUAAAUUGUCUGUUAGUCAUCCCACUAAAACAAGCAAAAUCAUUUCCAGUAUUGUUUCAGAGCCUCAUAAUCCAGUUCCUUCAAUAAACGCUACACUAGAAAUCCCAAUUCUAACUAAUUCCUCCGAUCUGUCACAAUCUAUAGUUGCGGGUGAACCUAGGCAGCUUGAUCCUUCUGAUGUACGUAUUUCAGUUGAAAAUCAGGAAGUCGAAGAACCUUCGGGAAUGAAGGUGCAGACUGCUGGUGUUGCUGCUUGUCUGCCAGUGGAGAAUGGUGGGCCCUCAUCUAACACAGAAAAUCCCUUAGUUGCUGCGAAUGAAAUGCCAUCAGAGGAGACGAACCCUCUACUGCUAAGCAUGCAGAAAAAUUCUGGGUCUCAAGGAGUAUCACAGGCCGACAGACCACAAAUGACUAAAAUUUCUUCUGGAGAAACACAUUCUCUUUCUGAGACGAGACACAACAAUGGAAACACUGAGCCACAGAAUGGAUCAACACAAAAGAUUUCUGCUAACAAUUCAUCGGUUGAGUUAAACACUACAUCAAAUCUUGAACCCGCCAUCAAUGGAAGCCAAGCAGGCAUUGCAAGCAACUCAAGUGAUGGUACAAGAAUGAAGACAAUUGAGCGAAUGCUGGCUGAACCCCAACCAAACGUAAUUCGCAAGGGAAAAAAACAAGUGGUUUCCAGAUCAAAGAGAGGAAGGGGAAGGGGAAGUUGACAAAAUCAUAUCCAGUCAAGCCCUAUUAUAUAUAUUUCUUCUCCAAAGAGAUGGAGGGGAAACACCAUUCCUCUUGUUGCCUACUUUGUUUAAGUGAUAGCCAUUAAUUGCUGAAUUCCUGUGAAUUGAUUACUAUUUACUUUGCACGUUUUGCUUUUAAUCUGCAUACUAGUUUUAAUUUCCUAGGUAAUAGAUUAGGUGACGAUUUCCUUCUAUUGACUUGUCUUGUUAUUAGUUUGUUUUCAGAGUUAACCUAAUCUAUAUAAUACUUGAAACUCAUUGGUUACAAGUUGGCCAACUGAACUGAAUUGAGGCCCAUUUUUUCAGUAGA